AUGUCAAGCACCUCCUACAACUGGAUCAAAGCAUCGUCACCGACCAUUGCAGUUCCCGGUAGUCCCGCCCUUUGGUCUCCUCCCGAUACUCCGACCAAGGUCGACAAAGACAGCGGAUUGGUUUACAUAGCUCAGAAUGCUGCACGCCACCCCGACAGUCCACUCGAGCCUCUCUUUCGCGCCCGUUACCUUGAGAACCCUUCAUUCGAUAUCCACUCGGUCGACCUCGUGACGGAUCGGAACAACAUCCGCAAGCUUUUGACGUUCGUCAAUCCGACGACCUCACGCAAUGGCCUCGAACCGUUCACCAUCCUCGUCGAAUUGGCCACAAACACACAAGCUGUGAUCUUCUGUCGCUCGGAGACAAAGACCUUUGAUAACAUCGGACGGAGUGAAUUUAAGGGGUUCGGACACGAAUUUGAGAAGGCAUUCACGACAGAGCAGGUGACGGGGAGUACCGGACAUCACAGGAUCAUCUCAUAUCUAUUUGGGGGCUUGAAGCUGUUGGUUCGUUACGAAACGGACGGCUAUGUCGAUUUCCUGGCUUCUGAGGGGUUGAUGGGAGCCGGAGACGUGGACGUUGAUGAGGUCUCCCGUUCCUUUGAGUCCCUCUAUUACGAGAAGGCCGGGUUGUGCCCAUUCAGUCAACGCUUGAAGUCAAAACUCGCAACCAUUCGUAUGCCCAUUGAUGUCCAUGAGGUCAUCCCCCAGCUCUGGGUGUCCCAGACCCCGAACCUUGUGCGCGCCUACCACAAGGAAGGACUCUUUGAGAAGCCCCCGGUUGAAGAUAUGGAGGCGGAGAUCAAGAAUUGGGAAGCGGCUCACCAGAAUGACCUCGAAAAGCUCGUGUCCCUAUUUGCAAGAAUCAUUAGCGUGGUCAAGCACUACGGAGGACGGGCUGUGCUCAAGUACGACUCAGAUAGCGAUAAGUUGGAAAUGUGGGAGGGGAGCGCAAAGGAUAUGCUACCUGCAGACCUGUACGACAGAUUCAACGAGGAAAGCUUCAGCUCCGAGUUCGAACUGCCGUCAUGUUCGGAUUGUGACUCGAAGUCGACACCCCAUCCCUGA